AAACAAAAUAAAUUAAUAAUAAAAUAAAUUAUUAAUACUAAAUAAAAUGGCUUCAAAAAAUGCCAAAUCAUAUUCCUCAAGUAAUAACGCAGAUGCUGUCAACAACGGCAGCAUACCACUAAUCAAAAGCAAGGACAAUGCCAAGCAACUACCAACCUACUAUAACGUUCUUCAACGUUCAAGUGAAGACUAUCUGUCUGCUGAAGAUUUAGACAAAAUACAAGCUGAGUUAGAAACUUUAUUGUCAAAUGUUGCAUUACGAUAUCGUGUACUCAAGGCGGAGUAUGAAAGUUUAGAUAAAGAUGAACGACGCAAUGAGCGUCGAUCGAAACAUACAACGAGUGGUGAGAAAGCGCCUUCAUCACCAGCUGUGCAAUCUUCAUCGGGCAAACGAAAGCGUGAUACUGACACGAGUACACAAUUAACACGUAAACCGAAAAGUUCCGUAAAACAUAUAAAAAACGCUAAGAAAAGUCCUAAUCCACAACAGCAUACGGACGAUAGUACAGAUUCCACGCCAACGGUUGUGCAAAAUACUUUAACUGUGCCAGCUGAUAUUAACAUUAAAUCAAGGCAAAUUGCGGAGAAAAGGAUUUCCGGCGCUGCAGUGGCAACUGCGCCAGUACUGAGCGCCAAGACCGGCAAUGGAUUUUUUAUUGUGUUAACAUGCGCGCUGGGAUUUUCGGCGGAUUUGCAAAUUUAA